GAUCAGAAAAUAGAAAAUUGUGUGUUCAUGAGAAAUAGCGUUUACUUGCAGCCACAGGUUUUGUCUAAAAAGAACACAAACUUAACGGUGAAGAAAAAGCAGGUUUUUGCCUACUAACGCGCUUUGAUCAUCGUUUUCUGACCGUAACCGCUUCCCUCUGCCCCAUAUAAAUUCCCAAUUUCCCUUCUCAAUUCUUACCUCACACCAACCAAACACCGUUUGAUUCUCCAAACUUUCUUAUUCCCAAAUCCUUCAUCACCGCACUCAUGGACACCCAAGCUCCCAAGGUCGAGAAUGAGAAAGCUGUUGUUGAAGCUCAACAACAAGAGCUCAAGUACCUUGAAUUCGUGCAAUUCGCCACGAUUCAAGCUGUGAUGCGCGCCGCGAUCCUCUAUUCCUACGCCAAGGAACGCUCCGGCCCCCUCAAAUCUGGCGUUGAGACCGUCGAGGAGGCCGUCAAGACUGUCGUCGCUCCCGUCUACGACAAAUUCCACCUCGUCCCUACCGAGUUCCUCCACUACGUGGACCGCAAGGUUGAAGAGUCCGUAGCUGAGAUCGAUCGCCACGUUCCAACCAACGUCAAGGUGGCCUCAAACCAGGCCUGCUCUGUCGUCUCCAGUGUCCGCCGCACCGGCGUGGUGGAUGCUGCCUCAGGGUUCGCCAAGUCAGUGUACGACAAAUAUGAGCCAAAGGCGGAGCAGUGUGCCGUGUCCGCAUGGCGCAAGCUGAAGCAGCUGCCAUUGUUCCCUAUUGUUGCCGGCGCCGUGCUUCCCAAGGCGGCAUACUACACUGCCAAGUACAACGAGGCGGUGACCGUCUCCGCCAAGAAGGGUUACAAGGUGUCUGCUUACCUUCCUUUGGUGCCCACCGAGAAGAUCGUGAGGGUGUUCGGCGAGUCGAACUGAUGAGAUUUGGCAGUGUAGACGACUAGUGCAAAUUCUGUUAAGUUCGUUGUUUCUUUCUGUAAAGCAAAUUCUGUGUCGUCUACAUGUUUUAACUUUUAAUGUUUUGUUUGGUCUUUUUUCUCUUUUUAGAAUCGUGUAAAAAAAGAAGAAAGGUGGUGCUUUUGGUGUGGAGUCACUAUCUUUAAUAGUUAAUAUACCUGAUUCUUUGAUGAUAAAAUAUUUACAUUCACAUUCCAA